AGUCACAGAUAACAGGGCAUAGAGGAAACAUAACCAUGGAGAAAAAAGUCUACCAACUCGGCACCUGGCACGAUGAUACCAUUCUUGACAAUGUGAUUAAUGAAAUGGCCAAGCAGGUUAGAGCUGGCAAAGGAACUAAGGUCAAACUGACCGUCACUAAACAUGGAGUGACAGUGAUUAAAUCUGCGGCUCUGACAGGUAAACAAAUGACAGACUAUCUUCCAAUAGAAAACGUUCAUUUUAUAACCGUUAACAAGUAUCAUCCAUCAUGUCUGUUGGUCAUCGGUAAAGAUCACCCUACUAAGUACCAGAUUUUGGCAUUCAGAUGUGCCAAUGGCCUGGACGCCGGCAUGUUCGUCAAACAUUUCAAGGACAUUAAGCGUCAAUCCAACCCAGGAGAGGGAUAUAACGUUGAAACGAAAAAAUCUCAUGAAGGUGAGAACUGGACUCUUCGUUCUAAAAACCAAAACAACAACAACCGCCAGUUGAGUGCGGUCGUAGACAUGCAUACAGAACGAUCCAAGGUAAAUGGAGAUAUUCAUAUUCAUAUGAAUGGUGGGAGUCAUCAGGAAAAUGGUGUGGCUAGAACAUACAUCAAUCCAAUAGCAGACGAGAACCCUCCAUCAGUGAAAACUGAGGAAAUUACGCAUGCGCAUACGACAACUUCCGAUAAAGUUGUUGUUCAUGAGAAGCACGUUGUGCAUCAUCGCCACCUGUCAGAUAAUGUGUCUGAGGCAUCUGAAACAUCACUUCGGGACGAAUUGGAUGUCCUUUCACAGGAACUGAGGGAAAUCAAGUUUAUGCUGGAGAAAUCCACCGGAAUCACCCCCGAGGAGUAUCAAAAAUCUGUUGUUGUCACCCCAAGGAGGCAAGAACACACUACAUCUGAAGAGGUUAUUGUGACGAGGACGAUUGAAAAACCAGACACUGAUGUGGUUGUGAGGAGGGAAGAAACUACACUCCAUUCUCAGAGAAACGGGGAGGUAAGACAUCAAAUUAUCACCAACGGUAAGAUCGAGCGCGCAGCGUCUCCUAAGAUGGAGGGGGAGGUUAGAGUGACUGUUCCAGACUAUCGGUCCUCUACGGACUCCACUACUAGGAUUUACAGCACUGCCGAAACCCCACGAGUCCAGCCCGACGAGGGAGACAACGUUAACUAUAAAUCAUGGGGAGGGGAUAGACGUUCUGUGGUCAGACCCCAGUCUAAUUGGAGAGAUGAGGUGGUCUUAAGACAGAGUGUCCAUGGCCGCACGCGCCCACGGUCAGCAAGGUACAGCUCAUCUAGUUACGCCAGUGUGUCCGGUAGUGUACGAUCCUCACGCGCACCGAGUGCAUACGUGUUGACCGAACACACCCGUCAUCCUGGUGGCCAUCACACACUCCCAGCCAAUCGUGGGGGUAGUUACAAACGCUUGCACGUGGCAACCACUGUCCACAAACCCAUAGAAAAGGUGUACGGACGUCACUCAACCUACGGGGGUAAACCAAUUCUCAUGGAACGUCCGUCAGUUGUGGACUACAACCAGAACAAUUUUGAGAAAUCGCACCACCACAACCUACAUGACUCUGUCAUCAUUAGGACAUGAACA